AUGGACUCCGUCAAAGACAAAGUCUACGCCGUCACCGGCCUAGCAGGCAUCGGCCUCGCCGUCGCGCAACGCCUCCACGCAAACGGCGCGCUGCUAUCUCUAGCAGACAUUGACGAAAGGGCACUCAAUUCGGCCGUCGAACUCCUCAACGCCUCCUCCCCGUCCUCACCACCCGCAGACGGCCCAGCAAGGAUCCUCACAACAGUAGUCGACGUCGGCUCAGCAGCCACCGUCAACGACUGGAUCCAAAAGACGGUGCAACACUUCGGCCGACUGGAUGGCGCGGCAAAUAUGGCGGGAGCAAUCGGCAAGAAGCACGGCGUGGGCGCGCUGACGGAGCAGGAGGACGACGAGUGGGACUUCCUGCUGCGGGUGAACCUUACGGGCAUGAUGUACUGUGUGCGGGCGCAGCUGCGCGCUAUCAAGGAGACUUCCCGUGCCGGCAGUAUCGUUAAUGCGGCGAGUAUUCAGGGGGUGAGGGGGUUUGGGUUCCAUGCUGCUUAUUCGGCGACGAAGCAUGGGGUUGUGGGGUUGACGAGGAGUGUGGCUAAGGAGGUGGGGCCCGAGAUUAGGGUGAAUGCUGUUGCGCCGGGCUCAAUUCAAACACCCCUCCUCGACAAGGCCAAGGUCAUUCAGGGCGGCGAGAGCGCCAAUCCCACCAUCAUACCCCGUAACGGCACGGCGGACGAGGUGGCCCAGUCUGUACUAUUCUUGCUCAGCGAUGCGUCGUCGUACUCAACAGGGAUGGUUCUGAACGUGGACGGAGGUUGGGACCCAUGA